GCAGGUAGCUGUAUCCAGUUGGGUGGCAGGUGGAUCCAAGGGUCACCAUGAAGUUUCCAGGACCCCUGGAGAGCCAGAGGUUGUCUCUCCUUCUGGAGAUGGCAAUCUCUAGAGAAGCUCAAAUGUGGAAAGCACAUGUGCCGAAAAUUCAGCCCAAUCAGGAUGUAGCCAUUUCUCCAAAGCAGAGGGAUGAGGUCAUUCAGUGGCUGGCCAAGCUCAAAUACCAGUUCCACCUUUAUCCAGAAACACUCGCCCUGGCCAUCAGUCUUUUGGACAGGUUUUUAGCCACAGUAAAGGCCCGUCCAAAGUACCUGAACUGUAUUGCAAUCAGCUGCUUCUUCCUCGCUGCAAAGACCAUUGAGGAAGAUGAGAGGAUUCCAGUACUGAAGGUGCUGGCUCGGGAUAGCUUCUGUGGUUGCUCUCCAGCUGAAAUCCGCAGGAUGGAGAAGAUUAUCCUGGAUAAACUGAACUGGGAUCUUCACAUGGCAACACCACUGGAUUUCCUUCAUAUUUUCCACGCAGUUGCGGUGUCCAACAGGCCUCAGCUUUUGACCAUCCUGCCCAAGCUGAGUCCCUCGCAGCACGUGGCGGCCCUCACGAAGCAGCUGCUGCAGUGCAUGGCCUGUUACCAGCUGCUGCAGUUCAAGGGCUCUAUGCUGGCGCUGGCCAUCGUCAGCCUGGAGCUGGAGAAGCUGCUCCCCGAUUGGCUGGCUCUCAUCAUCGAGCUGCUCCAGAAGGUGCAGAUGGAUAGCGCGCAGCUGAUCCACUGCCGCGAGCUCGUGGCACAUCACCUUUCCACCCUGCAGCCUUCUCUGCCGCCCAACUCCGUAUAUGUCUACAGUCCCCUCAAGCAGACCCUGGUGACCUGUAACAGAGGAGUGUUCAAAUGCCAGCCCUCCUCUGUCCCAGGGCCAGGUUUCUCCAAGGACAACGGCAGGCCAGAAGUGCCGCUCACAGGUACAGCCGCGCUCCAGCAGCGUCUGCCAGCUCCCGCCGGCUGCAAGCAAGCCUCGGCCAAGCGCAAAGUGGAAGAGAUGGAAGUGGACGACUUCUACGACGGCAUCAAGCGCCUCUACAACGAGGACGCGGCUCCGGAGGGAGUGGCUCUGGAAAGCAAGGGCUCGGUUUGCGGCGCUGACGUCUCGAGGCAGGAGGGCAACGUUUCCCCUUGUCCGCCUUUGCAGCCAGUGUCCGUUAUGUAGCCGAGAGCGCCGCUCAAGUGGCCGCUCUCCAAACCUCGUGGGACCUGGCACCGGGUAUUUGCAGUGGGGGGAGAAGGGGCCCAUACCUUGUCAGGCUGAACUGAAGGGAGCCAAAAAACA